AUGGAGAAAAGCUUCGUAGCAAUUUUUGCCUGCCUCCUGAUCUUUAACGCUGCGCACUCCUUAACUCUAAGCAGCGUGAAUGAACAUUUUUGUGACCAUUUGACAGGGGAUAAUAAUGGCGAAAAUGGCAAUUUAAAUUUAAUGGAAAAUAAUCUUCCUCACAGAAUUAAACGGAGGUAUAACAACAAUUUAAGCAAUGAAUCAGAUAAUGCAAUGCAACCCGGUGAAAUGCGCAGAGACAAUUCUGUGUAUUUAGAUUUCACAAAUCAUAAUGCACAUUUAGAAGGAGAUUCUCCACACGCUGCUACUUCAGUUGGAAAUGGCAGAAGUACACCACCUAGCACGGAAAAAAAAGCUGUAGAUGAUAACACCCCUCAGGGGGCAAAACCGCAACGUAAGUACAGCACUUGGAUUACAAAAAGUGAACAACAACAAAAUGCACGUUCUGUUGGAAGUAAAAAUGAUGUUGAAAGGAACGGCACUGAGAGGGGAUUAUCUGGAAAAGAUGCCACACAGGGCAAGGUUCAACAAACCAAUCUUGAAGACGACGUAGUUGAAGGAGCUGAUGAAGGCGAUGAUUUCCCAAACACGGAUGGUGACUUAAAUAAUGGCUCCAUCGACGAUUUGUUUGACGGUGACUACACGUCCGACAAUUUGUUCGGCGGCGAUGAUGAUUUAGAUAGCGAUUCCGCCGAUGAUUUGUCCAGCGGUGAGGGGGAUAACUUGAUGGACGCUUUUGACGACAAUUUGCUAAGCGAGAACAGUAGCGGCGGUUUGGUGGAUGCCGUCCUAGGUGACCUCGACCGUGGUUCAGUCGAUAAUUUAUUCAACGAUGAGGGAGACAGUUUGAUGGAUCCUACCCAAGGCGAUCUUGAUGAUAGCACCAUCGACCAUUUGUUUACCGAUGACGUCGAUAUGGAUAGGGGCGAUGAUUUAUUUACGGAUGGUCACUACCGGUCAGAUAAUAGCAGAGAUGCUUCACUUAGCGGCGCUGAGAUAGAUUCUUUAACUGAUGGGGGAAACGUGUUAGGCAGUAUUCAGGAUGAUCUACCACCCCCUGAUAAUCCAUUGGAUAAUGUGCGUUCUACGUAUAAUAGCGGUAGCAGCAGCUUGAAUACAAGUGGCACAAAUAAUUCCAUAAGUAACGGCUUAUUGAAUACAGCGGUGGACACGAACUCGUACAAAGAGUUAGACGGAAGUAGCCAUGUUGAUGUAGCUAAAGCGAUCAAUUAUAGCAACAAGAAAGGAUACAGUUCUGUAAACAACAAAAGGGACGUCUUCAUUGAUAAUCCGAAUUCAUCUGACAAAAUGGGGGAAAGUACCAAAUCUGAUAAUAAGGGGGAUGUCCAGGCUAAGGGCAAAAGCGAUGUAGUCAUGAUGAAGUCACCAAUCUCUAGUAGCAAGGAGGGAAGUUUGGAGAAAACGAACAAGGAUAAUAUGCUGGACUCCAACCAGAUAAGCGGUUCCACCGCCACAGUGGAUUCAAAGGUGGGGAAUAAUUUAGCAGGCGCUUCAAGCGGUAGCAAUGAAGGAAAUGCCCUAAGAAAACCCGCUGCUAAGAAAUCGGCAAAUAGUGUCCAAGCCGACCCUAAUGAUGCGUUGAGCAUGAAGAGUACGGCGAAUCCCGCGGAUAGCAGCGGACAGAACGACAAGAAGGACGUCGUCAAAAAAGGGAGUAUCAAAGAUGCACUAAGCAAGAGCGAUGAGGAAAAGCCAAAGGAGGAGAAAAAGGCAGAGAAGGUAGAGAAGUCGGAGAAGAAGCCUGAUAAGAAAGACGAAAAGAAGACAGAAAAGAAGGACGACAAAAAGGAGGAUAAAAAGGAAGAGAAAAAGGAAGAUAAAAAGACAGAAAAGAAAGAGGAAGAGAAGAAGGUAGAAAAGAAGGAGGAUAAAAAGGAAGAAAACAAGAAGGAGGAUAAGAAGGUAGAAAAGAAGGUAGAAAAGAAAGAAGAAAAGAAAGGGGACAACAAAGCAGACAAAAAGGACGAUAAGAAGGACGACAAAAAGGACAUCGUUAAAAAGGACGCUGUUAAAGUGGACACCGUCAAAAAGGACACCAUUAAAAAGGACGCUGUUAAAGAAGACACCGCCAAAAAGGACACCAUUAAAAAGGACGCUGUUAAAGAAGACACCGCCAAAAAGGACACCAUUAAAAAGGACGCUGUUAAAGAAGACACCGUCAAAAAGGACGACAAAAAGGAGAGUGUCAAGGGUACAUUAGAGAAACACGACAAAAACAACCACAAGGAAGAACCCACUUCUAAUAAACAUCCAAAUAAUAGCCAAAGUGGCACUGAUGAUACACUGAAUAGUAACCGAAAGAAUGAUGCAAAGGAAAGGCCUGGAGUUGAAAAGGAAUCGACUCCCCAGGAAAAGGUAACUACUAGCAGUGAGCAUAGUAAACAGGGCACAUCCAAGAGCACGGAGAAAAAACAUUCGGAGGAGAAGGUGCACACUAAGGUUGCAGCAACAAGCGCUGGUAGCAAUGGCAGUAACAACAGCAACAGCACCGGCAGCAAUAGCGGUGGUGUCCAAAUGGAUAAGGGGAAGAAAACUGACGCAGAAGGAAAGGACAUUCCCAGCAGCGUUAAUGAUUCAAAAGGAACGGAAAAAAAUACAGUGAAAAGUAAGGACGAGCCUAAAGGCGAAGGGAACUCAACACCCACCGUCGAAAGGAGUGGUACCAGCGGGGGCGUCACUACUAAGGAGGGACCCCCAUCAGACAGCGUUAAUAAAAGCGGUAACAAAAGAGAGGAAAACGCGAAGGAAGGAAACAGUUCUGCAGAUGCAUCAAGCACUGUACCCAAUAGCGGCAGUGCACUUAUCAGCGACCGUGGGGACAUCUCUGAGGAACCCCCAAAGGAGAAUAGGGCCCUGCCGAACCCCAUCGGUGAAACCAUAAACAUAAAAAUAAUAUCUAACCCUAACUAUGAAGUAAAUAAAAAGGAGGGGAAGGAAAAGAAGAAAAGUCAUACUCAUCGCAAAGGUAAGGGGAAAAAGAAUCGACGUUCAUCCAAAAGGAGGAGUGGGAGAAGAUACAAAGUAGACAAGGAGGAAAGCCAGAGGGAUGACUUAAGCAGCAGUAGAAAUUUAGGAAAUGGGGAAUGGAGUGAAGAUUCGGAAGAGGGACGAAGUGGUGUGGAUACUAAUGUGGACGUCCAUCUUGGCAACGGUGAGGAGCAGAGUGUUAAAGUCGCUUCACCUGAAGGGGAUGCACACAGUCGAAGUGAAAGCCCAUCGGAGCUGUCCGUCUCAAUAGAAUUGCCCCGAGGAUCAAGUGAAGUCAAAAAGGCAGAAGCUGUUAUGAUCCCAGAGGGGGAAAAUGCGCAGGAGGGAAAUGAACUAAGCCUUCUCCAGAUGAACGCUGAAGAGGGUGACCUUGCCGACGAAUCAAGCGAUAAUACCAGCGAACCGAAUGAUGACCCCCAAGAUGAACUCAUGUUAGAAAAAGUGAGGGAAGAUAAAAACCUAGAACGUUUCGGAGACGAAGAAACGGUCGAAGAUAUAGCAUCCAUAGAGCACCCCCUAAUUAGGAAGAAAAAAAAUAUAGUAAAAAAUUCACGUAAGGUAUAUAAUUUAAAUUUGUAUAACUGUACUUUCAUAGACGACUGGGACUUGAAUCAUGAGUACAUGGAUGAAGAGGGUUCGCUAGUUAAGUUAAGUGGAUAUGUUUUUCAAAACAUGGUGAAUUCAGAUUUAAUGCCGACGGCAAAUAUAACCGACUGGAAGUUAAAAGGAUCGUGCGAUUACGAUAAGUAUGUGUGUGGCGCUUUGGGCUACAUGAAUAACGUGUACAGUAAGGGUGAACGGGUUAUCUUUGAAGGUCGAGUUUAUGAGGCCACCAGUGAUGCGUAUGGCACUCCGAGGGAGAUGGAAAAUGUGUGGGUGGAGAAGACGGAUGACUGUUACGAUUUUUAG